AUGUAUAAUAUUUUACUAAUUUUUGAAAAUUUUAAUUUUAAAGGGAGGCCUAUGAGACGGACAAGACGAACGCCAAAAUUCCAACCAAAAUUGUGGAAUCUCUACGAAGCUGCCAUUCAUGGACUAGCUCGUACCAAUAAUAGUUUGGAAGGAUGGCAUAAUGGCUUUCAAAAGCAAGUUGGUGGUCAUCAUGUAUCAAUUUGGAAGAUGUUUGAAGGUCUACAAAGGGAGGUCGGGCUAGCUAAAUUAAAAGUGGUACACAUUGAGGCUGGCAAAGAAGAAAAACAGAAAUUAAAAUGGAAAAGAACCACAGAAAAUAUAAAAACGAAGGUGGAAAAUUAUUCAAACCAAGACAUAAUUCCAUAUUUAAAAAGUAUAUCCAUUCGCCGAAAAAGAUUCGCCGAAAUGUCUUUCGCCGAAAUGUCUUUCGCCGAAAUGUCUUUCGCCGAAAAGGAUUUCGCCGAAUUGGCCGGUUACCUUUAA